UGGUCUCACCCUAGCGGCAGAUUGUGGCAGUUUAAGGAACCUUAUCAGUUGCCUAGUGUCCGCGUGACGAGACUGACGGGUCACCACGUUACACGGCUGAACGAGCCGGUUCGAUAGUUUAAUUAUAAUAAUUAGUUCCAUUAAUUAUUUAGUCAAUUAAACAUGUGUUUGAGUGUCGACAACUGUUGCUGCUGCUUCGGCCUGGAGCUUGGCGCCAAAAUCAUCGGUAUACUAUACACUUUCCUGGCAGUAUGUGCGCUGAUGGUGUACGCCCCGCUGGCGGCGCUGGGCGAGCUGCCGCAGAGCCGGCUCAUCUUCUACGUGACCCUCGCGCUGCUGGCCUUCGCAGAGAUCUUCAUCGGGGGGCUGUUGAUACACGCCUCGUUUAAGAGGAAGCCGCAGCUGAUGUGGCCGUGGCUGGUGCUGGCGUGGUGGAAGGGGCUGGUGCUGGUGGUGCUGACGGUGGCCGCCAUGGUGCUGCUCACCUUCAGCAGGGACAUCGACACCGUCGCCGAGGCCAGCGCCGUCAUCUCCGUCUACUUCGUCUACUCCGCUGUCCUGCUGUACUUCGCGGUGGUGGUGAACAGCAGGCGGCAGGAGCUGGUGCUGGAGAACUACUGGGCCAACAAGCACGUGCUGCAGCACGCCAAGACACAGUACUACUAUGUAUAGACAGGCACCGACAGACACUAUCGAAUCAUAGACGUAAUUUAUUUAUAAUUAGUUUGUAAGGAUAUUAAAUUAUUUUUUUAUAA